AUGGACACACCCAGAGCCUCCGCCGAGAGCGCAGGACGAAGACGGAGUAGCGUCGCAGAUGUCGACCACCUCGCCGCCCUUGGGAUCAAGCAAGAGCUUAAGCGAAACUUUUCAUCGCUCAGCAUGCUAGGCCUGGCAUUCGCCAUUCUCAACAGCUGGACGGCGCUCUCAGCCUCCCUCUCUCUGGCUUUGCCCAGCGGUGGUUCGACGUCUGUUCUCUGGGGCUUGAUAACAGCUGGCAUCUGCAACGUCUGUUUGGCCGCAUCCCUUGCUGAGUUCCUUUCGGCAUACCCGACAGCAGGAGCCCAAUACUACUGGGUGGCUAUCAUCAGCUGGCCGAGUUGGAGGCGAGAACUGUCAUGGGUGACCGGGUGGAUCAAUACCUUUGGUUGGAUGGCUCUGACGGCGACAGCAGGCCUUCUAGGCAGUCAACUCAUCGUCGGGAUCAUUUCGCUUUUUGACAACAAUUACGAUGCGAAGCCAUGGGAACAAUUCCUCAUAUACUUGGGUUAUCUGAUUGUCAUGUUUCUUGUCAACGCUUUUGGAAAUUCUGCUCUGCCUUACGUCAACAAAGUUGCUGUGGCCUGGUCAUUAACUGGAUUCGUUUUAAUAUCUAUAACAGUGCUGGCUUGUGCUUCCCCAAACUACCAAUCUGCAGACUUCGUUUUCCGGCAUUUCGAGAACGAGACCGGAUGGCCUGACGGCAUUGCGUGGCUCCUGGGCUUACUACAGGGCGGUCUAGGACUGACUGGGUACGACGCUACGGCACAUAUGGUCGAAGAGAUCCCGAACGCCGCUGUCGAGGCGCCAAAACUCAUGAUAUACGCCGUCCUCAUUGGAGUCGUGAGUGGCUUCCUCCUUCUCAUGUCUUUGCUCUUCGUCGCUGGAAAUGCGGAAGAGGUCAUCACGUCGCCAUAUGGGCCGCUGGGUCAGAUCCUCUACACCGCAACCGGCAGCCGAGCAGGCACAGUUUGCCUCCAGAUCUUUCCUCUGGCUUGCCUUUUGUUCGCAGGAAGUUCCAUCAUGACCACGUCUUCCCGCAUGACCUACGCCUUUGCUCGUGACGGCGGCUUGCCCUUCUCCAGGAUUCUCGCUCGAGUUCACCCGAAGCUCGACGUCCCAUUAGAGGCGCUAGGCUUCACGGCUAUUGUCGUGUUCAUUUUCGGCUUAAUCUUCCUUGGAUCGACCUCUGCAUUCAAUGCGAUCGUGUCAGCGUCAGUUGUUGCACUCGGAUUGACGUAUGGCAUCCCCGUCAUGAUCAACGUCUGCCGGGGAAGGAGGAUGCUACCAGCAAAUCGAGCGUUCAAGAUGCCGGAGCCGGUUGCCUGGCUGGCAAAUCUAAUUGGCAUUGUCUACGUUAUCAUCACAACUAUCCUCUUCGUUUUCCCUCCUCAAUUGCCCGUGACUGGAAACAACAUGAACUACUGCGUGGUCGUGUUCUUCAUCGUACUGCUGAUAUCUUUGAUACAAUGGCACGUCUCAGGGAAGAACGAUUAUGCAGGACCUAAAGUCGACCUGAGCCAGGAGAUCCUAGAGGCGGUGCACUCGCCGAAUGUUGGCACGAACGGCAGUCCUGUGGCGCUGGAUGACACGCCGCAGAAGGCGAAACAUGUAUAG